CAGAAAUGAGUACACACAGAGUAUAUACAUAGUAUACACAAAGUAACAGAUAUAAAGUACAGUAAAUAAAUAUUUUAAUUUUUUAUUGCAAUAAUUAAUCAAGAAAAAUUAAAAAUAUGUAUGUAUAUAUGUAUAGACUUCACUGAUGUAUAUGAAUGAAAAGUUAUCUAACCUUAUACUUAUAACGAACAAUUAUCGAUAUACAAGGAAGUACACAAGUAAAGAAUAAGAAGAGUGUAUUAAAAAACCUCAUGGGAGGUUGAAGACAUAUUAAAUAUAUAAGAAAACAAGUAUGUGACAAUGCAGUAAUAAGAUUUGCAACAAUUUGUGAAGCGCAGAAUGAGAAAUAUAUGUAUUGUUACUUGUAAACAUUUAUACAGAAUGAGAUACCUCAAAGUUCAUUAAAAUUUUAGGAUGGAUGUUGAUAAUUCACAGGAUGAUAUCUUUGAAUCAAAUUACGCAUUGGUGGCUGCUUUUAAAACCAUGAAAGAACGUUGUCAACAAUUGCAAACACGACUGGCAGCAGUCGAAGAGGAAAACAAGUGUCUUAGGCUUGAAUGUAACAAAAGUAUGGCCAUGGCUGUGGUCAAUGAUAAUAGCGGUGACAGAAAUGAUUUAAAACUUUUACAUGAGAAAGUAGAAGAGCUUACAAAGCAGAAAUCUCAGUUAACACAUCGUAUUAUCAUGGUAGCCACAGAAAAUCGUCAGUUGUGGAACAGAUUAACAAGAUUGAUAAAAACUAAUAAAUCCUUAGGUAGUCAGUUGACAAAAAUUUCAGAUACACUUAAGCAGCAUCCUCCUACACAAGCAUCUGAUAUCAUGCCUUAUAAUUUUACUGAUGCUUCUAGUUCAGGGAAACAGGAUGUUCCUAAAAAAUAUUUAUUAACUACAGAUGAUGAAAAAGAACUUGGAAGUUUGGAAGAAAUAUCCCUUCGAUUAAUGAAUAGUAUUAUGUUAGAAAAGUGUGAUCUUGAACAACAAUAUGCAGAGAUGGUGGAGUUACACAAGAAUUCUGAACUAAAUCUACAAAAUAUUGGUUUUACGUAUCCAGAAGAUCAUGAUACAAGCUCAUUAGAGCAAUUAAAAGAACAUGAAAAUCGGUUGUCCCAAACAAAGGAUGCUUUACUUGGACAACAAAUUAGAUUAAAAAAGAUUUUACAAAAUGUUAAAGUAUUGAAAGGAACAACAUGUAGUAAUUGUCGAAAGAAUACAAGUAAAGCAAUGUGCCAAACUGGUACACAAUUUGAUUCUGAUGAUAGUUUCAAGGAGCAUGAAGCUAUUCAAACUAGUCUUAUGACACCUAGCCUUUCUAUUGAAAAACCUUGUAAUCUCAAUGAUGAUAUGGAUGUAGGUCUCACUACAUGUCCGUUAUGCGGAAUUACUAGAAGCUCUAUCUCAGUUGAAGACUACCAUGAACAUGUCUUGAAUCAUUUCCUCAAGGAUGGAUCUAUAAAAGAUUUCGAGCUCAUGAACUGAUUUUUUUGGUACGUUGAUAUAUGAGGUUUCUUCAAUAUAGUACACACACAUACUCACAUACUUAAGAUAUGUUUGAAUAAAUGCAAAUAGGGCAGCGUUUGGGGAGCACGCUAUCAGCGCUAUUGCGUCAUUCUAGCUUUGUUUUAAAUCUAAUGAGCAAUAAAGAUAGAAAGAUGC